UGUUUGUUUUUUUUACACAACUUUUCCAGGUGAUCGCCGUCGCUCAGGUGUGAAGAUCCUCUCCUAGGGUGUGGGGCCCGGGAUUCCCAGUGGCCAUUUUGGAAUUACAGUGCUGCUUUCGGGUCAUUCUGCCCCAGAAGUUGGCUGAAUGGGCGAGGAUCGUCUCUGAAGCGAACAGCUCCGCGCGCUGCCGAGACGGGCGCCCGGCGGUCCUCACGGCGUGGCUCCCGCGGAUUAUAUAACCGGUUCCGGGGCUUCAGCUGCCGGCUUGUUUUCUUGUGUGUGUUUGUGUGUGUUUUGUGGCCGUCCCCACCCCUGUGGUGGUGUCAGCCGAAACUGUAAGCGAUGCUCGGUUCGUGCCUCGGGUAGUUUCGGAAGUUUCCGAUUCCUGUUGAAAUCGUGCCGAAGGUCCCUGGCAGCUUAUUCUCCUUAAAACUUGUGGGAAUUUCUGACCUCAGCCCCGUGCGUGUCACAAUGGGGCGGCUUCUCUAAAUGAAGACACUGAAGGAGACCCGCUUUUUUCCUUUUCUCUUUUAUUUACGUGGAAACCUAAGAUGGUGCCGCUUCCCAGCAGCGUGGUCGUGCUGAGAUAGCUGUGUCUCCGAGUGCUGCUCAGGAAUGCUCUUCCGAUGUGAAGCUUUCUUUUUGUUUUUGCUUUUUGGGUCAUAAAUUGGAUAUUUCAUCUCGAGUGGAUAAGUACAACACUGACAAGUACAUGGAAUAAUAAAGAAGACUUGAUCACCUUAAACCCCAGGAACUUGGCUAAUCUGGAGGUAGCCAUAUGAAAACUUUAAACCUGAAGUAUGGGUAGCUGACCUGAAGUAACUCUAUGUCAAAUAGUCAUAGGUUAAGUAUCUUCAAAGAACUUGGAUUUUAUUUCAGAGGAUACAAAAUAAAAAAACAAACUGGAAAACACAAAGAUCACAGAGAAAAGCCCAACACCUUCUUGUGCGGUCCUGUUGGAAUUUGGACUUGCCAUGAGGUGUUGAAGCCUUGUUUCAUUGAGUCGGAGAGACUGGACCUAAAUGGCGCAGCAUGACUUUGCUCCAGCCUGGCUUAAUUUUCCCACUCCACCAUCAUCAACAAAGUCCUCAUUGAAUUUUGAGAAGCAUUCUGAACACUUUUCAUGGACAGAAAAUCGUUAUGAUGUGAGUCGUCGGCGACACAACUCUUCAGACGGCUUUGAUUCUGGUAUUGGACGUCCCAGUGGAGGUAACUUUGGAAGGAAAGAAAAAAAUGGCUGGCGUACGCAUGGGAGAAAUGGCACUGAAAACAUAAAUCACCGCGGGGGAUACCAUGGCGGGAGUGCCCGUUCUCGGAGCAGCAUUUUCCAUUCUGGAAAAGGCCAAGGACUGCACGACAACACCCCUGACAGUGAGCCAGGGAGGAAGGAAGACAGGAGAGAGCGCAAACAGUUUGAGGCUGAGGAUUUUCCGUCUUUAAAUCCUGAAUAUGAGAGAGAACCAAAUCAAAAUAAGUCUUUAGCUGCAGGUGUAUGGGGCCUACACGCCCAGACACACACAUACCCAACCAAAACAAUCUCCCAAGCUCCUCUCUUAGAGUACCCUCCGAACCCCACAUCUAGAGCUCCCAGGAUGCUGGUCAUUAAGAAAGGCACUGCCAAGGACUUGCAGCUGUCCGGGUUCCCCGCCGGAGGGGCUCCCCCGUCGCAGCCAGUGAAGAACGGGACUGGCCCCAGUGUUUAUAAAGGCCUGGUCCCUAAGCCUGCUGCUCCGCCCACAAAACCUACACAAUGGAAAAGCCAAACUAAAGAAAAUAAAGUUGGGACUUCUUUCUCUCAUGAGUCUACAUAUGGUGUUGGCAACUUCAAUGCUUUUAAAUCAACAGCCAAGAAUUUUAGUCCAUCAACAACGACAGGGAAAGAGUGUAAUCGCUCCAAUUCCUCUUCACCCGUUGACAAACUUAAUCAGCAGCCUCGUCUAACCAAGCUGACACGAAUGCGCACUGAUAAGAAGAGCGAGUUUCUGAAAGCGCUGAAACGGGACCGAGUGGAGGAGGAGCAUGAGGAUGAAAGCCAUGCUGGCUCCGAGAAGGAUGAAGACUCAUUUAAUUUGCAUAACAGCAAUAGUACUCACCAAGACAGAGAUAUAAACCGGAACUUUGAUGAAAACGAAAUUCCACAGGAGAAUGGCAAUGCCUCGGUCAUCUCCCCGCAGAUCAUCCGGUCCUCAACCUUCCCACAGACGGAUGUUCUUUCAAGUUCCCUUGAGGCAGAACACAGAUUGUUGAAGGAGAUGGGCUGGCAAGAAGACAGUGAAAACGAUGAAACGUGUGCUCCCUUAACUGAGGAUGAAAUGAGAGAAUUCCAAGUUAUUAGUGAACAGUUGCAGAAGAAUGGUCUGAGGAAAAAUGGUAUUUUGAAAAAUGGCCUGAUCUGUGACUUCAAGUUUGGACCCUGGAAAAGCAGCACUUUCCACCCCACGAUUGAGAACGACGACACGGAGACGAGCAGCAGCGACACGUCCGACGACGACGACGUGUGAGGCCCCAGCACCUCCGAGGCUCGUGUGGCCGUCCCCGUGCGGCGGGUGGAGUGCCAAGGGAAGAACUAGAAUUUACGUAGUAAACGCCCGUUAGAGGAGUUUUUGGGGGACUUCGGUAUGAAGAAAACCAAGAAUGUUGUGUUGGGCUGUGUUGAACAUUCUUUCUUUGUACAUGGAUGUUGUAGAAAUGAGGCCUGUGGUGGACCAGCGUGGACUCGGCAUCACCACAGCAUUUCUCUGACUAGCAAUGUGACGAUGUAACAGAUGAGAUGUUCUCAUUUAAUAAUAAAAAUUGUGUAAUGUUUUGCAAAGCUUCUGUCUUAAAAUGUCCGGGUCUUAAGAAAAAAGGCAGCUUACACUGUUUGCUUGCAGAGCCUCUCUUCGUACAAUGGAAAUCCUCAACCCACUUUGUGCGCCCCGCCCCAAAAGACAAUGUAGCAUGUCGGCUAAACUGGAGCAAAGUGCACUCAGACAUUCACUCCCGAGCUCCGCUGUCGUACUGUCACCUUCUAAAGCAUACGCUGCUCUUAGCCAUGUGUAGUUCCGUAACUUACAGGAAAGACUCGCCACACUUUCUUCCAAAUUUUAAGACGUGGUUUUCAAGAGCUUUAUUUGGGGAUGUUGUCAGACCAGGAUUUUCAGAGUUGAUGGAAAGAGUUGUUGUGGGAAAACUUAUUUUGAUAAAUUAUUACAUGAGCAGAAAAACUGAUCACUGACUGGAUCUGUCCCCAACAUGGAAAUAAACUGGAUUUUCAGAA